AUGAUAGUGGAUGAACCAGAGAAUUAUCGUGUCCUGGACGACUUGGGUGAAGGAUCUUUUGGCAAAGUUACCAAGUGUGUGAAUAUACAGACAAAACAAGUCGUGGCCAUCAAGACCUUAAAAACUCAGGAGAAUGCAGUCACCAACAGAGAGAUUGGAAUGCUCAGGGUCGUGAGUGCUCUCGACCCAGACAAGAACGUGGUUCAGUUCUUUGGAGGGUUUGAGCACAGAGGGCUCACCUGCCUGGUUUUUGAAAUGCUGGACAGAAACCUCCAGCAGACAGCAGCAGAGGAUGGACCCUUGUCCCUGAGUGAGAUACGAUCAGUGGCACAGCAGCUGCUGACGGCCUUUGAUGCCCUGAAGGAACUUGGUGUGAUUCACUCGGACCUGAAGCCAGAUAAUGUGAUGCUGAAGAACCGUAUGAAGCCCUACAGAGUGAAACUCGUAGACUUUGGUUUGGCCUGUUUUACCUCUGAGGUGAAACGUGGUAUGACCCUUCAGCCUCUGGGUUACAGGGCACCUGAAGUCAUCCUGGGCCUCCCCGUCUCCGAGGCCGUAGACAUGUGGGCUCUGGGCUGCGUCCUCGCUUUCCUGUACCUCUGCUACCACCUGUUCAUGGUACAGGGUGAGCACCAGAUGGUGAGUCAGAUAUAUUUCCAUUUAACUGCAUGGCCUCUGAUAUACUGCUGCCAAACAACUGUCCUCACUCAGCCAGACUUGUUGAAAGGUGUCUGCUGAUGCUCUGUCCUUUUCCUCUUCUGUCUUCUCUGUAGCUCCACCCAGGUGACACCUGAUGAGUAAUCAAUAAGGUGAAUCUGGUUGUGAAUGAAAUGCUUGUGGUAGCACCAUGAGAGAAAGGCUUCCAGCAUGGGCUGUUAUUUUAUAUUGUGUUGCUGACUGUUGUAGUCAUUGAUUUAGUCUCUUGGUUGUUUUGUCUUCAUGUUGAUACGUCUCAUGGAUUAGAUUUUUUUAAUGUGUUUUCUGUGGUUGCUUUGACUCACUUGUGUGUGUUGUGUGUUCUAAUAGCACCACGCAAACAUCCAUGAACUGACAAUAAUAACAAUAGUUAGUUAUUGUUAAGAGUUAACAAUAAUUUCAGCAGCAACCCGGUGGAAAGAGCAGAACAAGUCAGGGUGAAAUAUAAAAGCUUUCUAUUAAGUGUAAGUUUAUAAAUUCCAUGUAAUUUAUUGUGAUCUGAGGCGCUGGGUUCACUAGCUGUAACACCAAGUUAACCACGGACAUAAGUUGUGGCCUGAGGUUUGCUUUGUGCACUGUAGCAGCUGCACCGUGCUCUGCUUCACCAGUGGUGAAUUUAUUGAGUGAGUUUAUUAUUUGAAUGAACUAUAACUCUGGUGUCUCUCCACUGCUCGUCCUCUGUGCUGCAGCUGACUCGCCUUCUUCCAGUGCAUCUCCUGAGCCUGUUGCUUAUCUGCUUAUAACCUCCCUCCCUGCCCUGCCUUCAUAAAAGGAGGAAUAACGUUCUCCCUGCUUCGUGUCAGCUUUUGCUUCUAUGCCUAAACAGUGACAUGUUGAACUGAGCAGUUCACACACAGCCUUGGUAAGUAAACUUAUAAAUAUUAUGGUGUAAGUGUGUGUGUGAUUGAUAAAAUAUUUAAUGUUUUA